GACUAUUUGGAGGGGAGGGGUCUCCAUCCUCAUUCCAGGAAGAGAAGCGGACUUGGAGAAGAGGAGAAAGAGAGCUGCUCCCUGCAUUGAGGUGCAUCUUGUCAACAGCUGAGAGAGUCCCAGAAGUGGCCCAGUUUACGCCUCCUGUUCCUCUGAAUCGCCUAUACACAGAACAAUGGCCUCUGAGACACCCUCUGAACAGUCUCUUCUUAAAGGUCGAGUGGAAACAGGAGCCAGGCAUCUUCCUCAGAAAACAAAUAUGAUUUUCUCCCCGUUCCCCUGGUCGAAAGAAGACAAUGGAGAAGACAGUCAAAAUUCUGGUGGGCCAUGUUCAAUAGGAAUAACGAAGAAACCAUAUAAAUACAUGGAGUGUGAAAAGAGAGAGGAUAAACAAUUUGAAAGCAUGGAGUGUGGAAAGUGUGGAAAGAGCUUCACUGACAGAGGAACACUUAGAAAACAUCAACAAACUCACACAGGAGAGAAACCAUUUAAAUGCAUGGAGUGUGGAAAGAGCUUCACUGAGUGUGGAACACUUAGAAUUCAUCAACGGAUUCACACGGGGGAGAAACCAUUUAAAUGCAUGGAGUGUGGAAAGAGCUUCAUUCGCAGUGGAACACUUAGAAUUCAUCAACGGAUUCACACGGGGGAGAAACCAUUUAAAUGCAUGGAGUGUGGAAAGAGCUUCACUGAGAGUGGAACACUUAGAAUUCAUCAACGGACUCACACGAGGGAGAAACCAUUUAAAUGCAUGGAGUGUGGAAAGAGCUUCAUUCACAGUGGAAAACUUAGAAUUCAUCAACGGACUCACACGGGGGAGAAACCAUUUAAAUGCCUGGAGUGUGGAAAGAGCUACAGUCAGAAUGGACACCUUAGAAUUCAUCAACGGACUCACACGGGGGAGAAACCAUUUAAAUGCAUGGAGUGUGGAAAGAGCUUCACUGAGUGUGGAACACUUAGAAUUCAUCAACGGAUUCACACGGGGGAGAAACCAUUUAAAUGCAUGGAGUGUGGAAAGAGCUUCACUGAGAGUGGAACACUUAGAAUUCAUCAACGGACUCACACGGGGGAGAAACCAUUUAAAUGCAUGGAGUGUGGAAAGAGCUUCAUUCACAGUGGAAAACUUAGAAUUCAUCAACGGACUCACACGGGGGAGAAACCAUUUAAAUGCAUGGAGUGUGGAAAGAGCUUCACUGAGAGAGGAAAACUUGCAAUUCAUCAACGGACUCACACGGGGGAGAAACCAUUUAAAUGCAUGGAGUGUUCAAAGUGCUUUUGUCGGUGUGGAGAACUUAGAAUUCAUCAACGGACUCACACGGGGGAGAAACCAUUUAAAUGCAUGGAGUGUGGAAAGAGCUUCAUUCACAGUGGAACACUUAGAAAACAUCAACAAACUCACAUAGGAGAGAAACCAUAUAAAUGUACUGAGUGUGGAAAGAGCUUCACUGAGAGAGGAAAACUUGCAAUUCAUCAACGGACUCACACGGGGGAGAAACCAUUUAAAUGCAUGGAGUGUGGAAAGAGCUUCACUGAGAGUGGAACACUUAGAAUUCAUCAAUGGACUCACAUGGGGGAGAAACCAUUUAAAUGCAUGGAGUGUGGAAAGAGCUUCAGUCAGAAUGGAAACCUUAGAAUUCAUCAACGGACUCACACAGGGGAGAAACCUUUUAAAUGCAUGGAGUGUGGAAAUAGCUUCACUGAGAGUGGAACACUUAGAAUUCAUCAACGGACUCACACCGGGGAGAAACCAUUUAAAUGCAUGGAGUGUGGAAAGAGCUUCACUGAGAGUGGAAACCUUAGAAUUCAUCAACGGACUCACACCGGGGAGAAACCAUUUAAAUGCAUGGAGUGUGGAAAGAGCUUCACUGAGAGUGGAAACCUUAGAAUUCAUCAACGGACUCACACAGGGGAGAAACCAUUUAAAUGCAUGGAGUGUGGAAAGAGCUACAGUCAGAAUGGACACCUUAGAAUUCAUCAACGGACUCACACAGGGGAGAAACCAUUCAAAUGCAUGGAGUGUGGAAAGAGCUUCACUGAGAAUGGACACCUUAGAAUUCAUCAACGGACUCACACAGGGGAGAAACCAUUUAAAUGCAUGGAGUGUGGAAAGUGCUUUUGUCAGAGUGGAGAACUUAGAAUUCAUCAACGGACUCACACGGGGGAGAAACCAUUUCAAUGCAUGGAGUCAUUUCUAUGCAUGGAGUGUGGAAAGAGCUACAGUCAGAAUGGACACCUUAGAAUUCAUCAACGGACUCACACGGGGGAGAAACCCUUUAAAUGCAUGGAGUGUGUAAAGAGCUUCAGUCGGAGUGGACGUCUUACAAAACAUCAACAAACUCAUACAGGGGAGAAACCA